AUGCUGACGGGGAAUUUGGAUGAAUGCACAAGUCAACCAUGUAAACACGACGGGGUAUGUGUGGACGGUGUAAACACAUUUACUUGUUUGUGUGAAGUUGGAUGGACUGGAAGGAGAUGUGGACAGAAUAUUGAUGAGUGUUUGGACGAACCGUGUUUAAAUGGAGGUCAUUGCCAGGAUGGUAUCAACAGCUAUACGUGUAUAUGCACUGAGGGAUGGGAAGGAUUAGACUGCGAUGUCAAUACUGAUGAUUGUGCCAAAGAUCCGUGUCAAAAUGGCGCCGAAUGCCAUGAUGGUUUAAACAGUUAUACGUGUGAAUGUACUUAUGGAUGGGAAGGACUAAAUUGCGAUAUCAACAUAGACGAUUGUGAAAGCGACCCCUGUCAACACGACGGUGUGUGUUUGGAUGGCUUGAAUAGAUACACCUGUCAGUGCAUAGGAGGAUGGCAAGGAAACAACUGUGAAAACGAUAUUGAUGAAUGUAGCAGCAAUCCGUGCAGUAAUCAGGGUGUCUGCAUCAACAAUAUUAACCAUUACACUUGCCAGUGUACCGAUGGAUGGACUGGUUCAAACUGUGAAACAGACAUCGACGAAUGUUCUAGUCAUCCAUGUAACAAUGAUGGGGAAUGCCGUAAUGAACUGAACGGGUACAGCUGCGAAUGUACAGAGGGGUGGUCUGGUACCCAUUGCGAAAUAAGGAGUGCGUGUGCGCUUGAACCGUGCAGUAAUGGAGGCUCCUGUGUGGAAGAAGCAAGCGGUUACACGUGCUCAUGCGGUACAGACUUCACGGGGACCAACUGUGAAGCAGUGUACUGCGCUCUUCCAGGAAUGGCCCAAAGCGCUUACAUCAAGAAGGAGAAUAGUUAA